GAGGAGGGAGAAGGGAGGGCGUGUGAGCGAGAGAGACAAGAAAAGGGAGCGCGCCUGCCGCCGCCGCCGCCCUCCUCUGGAGAGAGAGGCUGGAGUGAGGUUGUGCGAAGCGCUGCAUUUCAAUGAGGACCGGCCGAGGCACAUCCCUGCACUAGUGGCCGCAACCGAGACGCCGCGCUCCAGCAGCUGCUGCCGCCCAGCCCGGCCCCGCCGCCGCCCCCCAGCCCUGCAGCCCCGCAGCCCCAGCCGCGCCUAGCCCGGCGAGGACAGCACCAGGAGGCGGCCCCCAGCACGGCCACAAAGACCCCCGGCGGCGUCUCUCCGCGGACCGGUACUACUUGAAGUCCAUCAUGUCCUUCGGCAGAGACAUGGAGCUGGAGCACUUCGACGAGCGGGAUAAGGCGCAGAGAUACAGCCGAGGGUCGCGGGUGAACGGCCUGCCGAGCCCCACUCACAGCGCCCACUGCAGCUUCUACCGCACCCGCACGCUGCAGACGCUCAGCUCCGAGAAGAAGGCCAAGAAAGUUCGUUUCUAUCGAAACGGAGAUCGAUACUUCAAAGGGAUUGUGUAUGCCAUCUCCCCAGACCGGUUCCGAUCUUUCGAGGCCCUGCUGGCUGAUUUGACCCGAACUCUGUCGGAUAACGUGAAUUUGCCCCAGGGAGUGAGAACAAUCUACACCAUUGAUGGGCUCAAGAAGAUUUCCAGCCUGGACCAACUGGUGGAAGGAGAGAGUUAUGUAUGUGGCUCAAUAGAGCCCUUCAAGAAACUGGAGUACACCAAGAACGUGAACCCUAACUGGUCGGUGAAUGUCAAGACCACCUCGGCUUCUCGGGCGGUGUCUUCACUGGCCACUGCCAAAGGGAGCCCUUCAGAGGUGCGAGAGAAUAAGGAUUUCAUUCGGCCCAAGCUGGUCACCAUCAUCAGAAGUGGUGUGAAGCCGCGGAAAGCUGUCAGGAUUCUGCUGAACAAGAAAACGGCUCAUUCCUUUGAGCAGGUCCUCACUGAUAUCACUGAUGCCAUCAAGCUGGACUCGGGAGUGGUGAAACGCCUGUACACAUUGGAUGGGAAACAGGUGAUGUGCCUUCAGGACUUUUUUGGUGAUGAUGACAUUUUUAUUGCAUGUGGACCGGAGAAGUUCCGUUACCAGGAUGAUUUCUUGCUAGAUGAAAGUGAAUGUCGAGUGGUGAAGUCCACUUCUUACACCAAAAUAGCUUCAUCAUCCCGCAGGAGCACCACCAAGAGCCCAGGACCGUCCAGGCGCAGCAAGUCGCCUGCCUCCACCAGCUCAGUUAAUGGAACCCCUGGUAGUCAGCUCUCUACUCCGCGCUCAGGCAAGUCGCCAAGCCCAUCACCCACCAGCCCAGGAAGCCUGCGGAAGCAGAGGAGCUCUCAGCAUGGCGGCUCCUCUACUUCACUUGCAUCCACCAAAGUCUGCAGCUCGAUGGAUGAGAACGAUGGCCCUGGAGAAGAAGUGUCGGAGGAAGGCUUCCAGAUUCCAGCUACAAUAACAGAACGAUAUAAAGUCGGAAGAACAAUAGGAGAUGGAAAUUUUGCUGUUGUCAAGGAAUGUGUAGAAAGAUCGACUGCUAGAGAGUAUGCUCUGAAAAUUAUCAAGAAAAGCAAAUGUCGAGGCAAAGAGCACAUGAUCCAGAAUGAAGUGUCUAUUUUAAGAAGAGUGAAGCAUCCCAAUAUUGUUCUUCUGAUUGAGGAGAUGGAUGUGCCGACUGAACUGUAUCUUGUCAUGGAAUUAGUAAAGGGGGGAGACCUUUUUGAUGCCAUUACUUCCACUAACAAAUACACUGAGAGGGACGCCAGUGGGAUGCUGUACAACCUAGCCAGCGCCAUCAAAUACCUGCAUAGCCUGAACAUCGUCCACCGUGAUAUCAAGCCAGAGAACCUGCUGGUAUAUGAGCACCAAGAUGGCAGCAAAUCACUGAAGCUGGGUGACUUUGGACUGGCCACCAUUGUAGACGGCCCCCUGUACACAGUCUGUGGCACCCCCACAUACGUGGCUCCAGAAAUCAUUGCGGAGACUGGAUACGGCCUCAAGGUGGACAUCUGGGCAGCUGGUGUAAUCACUUAUAUCCUGCUGUGUGGUUUCCCUCCAUUCCGUGGAAGUGGUGAUGACCAGGAAGUGCUUUUUGAUCAGAUUUUGAUGGGGCAAGUGGACUUUCCUUCUCCAUACUGGGAUAAUGUUUCCGAUUCUGCAAAGGAGCUCAUUACCAUGAUGCUGUUGGUCGACGUAGAUCAGCGAUUUUCUGCUGUUCAGGUCCUUGAGCAUCCCUGGGUUAAUGAUGAUGGCCUCCCAGAAAAUGAACAUCAGCUGUCAGUAGCUGGAAAGAUAAAGAAGCAUUUCAACACAGGCCCCAAGCCGAAUAGCACAGCAGCUGGAGUCUCUGUCAUAGCACUGGACCACGGGUUUACCAUCAAGAGAUCAGGGUCUUUGGACUACUACCAGCAACCAGGAAUGUAUUGGAUAAGACCACCGCUCUUGAUAAGGAGAGGCAGGUUUUCCGACGAAGACGCAACCAGGAUGUGAGGAGCCGGUACAAGGCGCAGCCAGCUCCUCCCGAACUCAACUCGGAAUCGGAAGACUACUCCCCAAGCUCCUCCGAGACUGUUCGCUCCCCCAACUCGCCCUUUUAAUAAGACCCUUUUACUCAAAGUCCUAGCUUAACCCUUUGAGACUCUGAGAUUUUCUUCCCCCAAAAUUUGUGUAAAACAGUUUCAUCUGAUCUAUCUAGCGCUCAAUGCUUGAAUGGCAGAACUGAAAGUGUUUUCAGGUAUCUUUGUAGCGGUUUCCCUUUACUGAAUGAGAUGACAUGUGGUGAUUGUGAAGAUGGUAAUUUGCUGCUAAUAGAGUCCUCAAAGGGUUAAGGCCAAUUUGCAAUUUUUUUUUUUUAAACUUAGAAGCAAUGAAUGUUUUCAUUAGUCAAGCUAGGAUCUGCAGUAUGUAAUAUAGCACUUGUUAACCCUCUGAGUGCAUAGAAUUUUAUUGAGAAUUCUUGUUGGGGAAUUUUUCAGGUCUUUGGAUGUAUACACACAUGUUUCUUGAUUUUACUGCAGAUCAAAGGGGUGUUGUUAGAUGCUGAAAUGUCCAGAAAAGAAGGACAUUUAGAAUGAUAUCUUGUUUGUCCUUUUCUGUGGGUUUAGAACAUGGCAGGUUUAUAACUUCGACACACGCACUAUUCUUUCUUCUUCACAAUCCUAUUCAGAAACAGAUUUUUUUUUUUCGUUAGAGAUAUGACUGUCAGUUGCAGUGAGUUCUGCAUCCCAAGUGGAGGGAAUUGGGUUUGUGGCAAAGAGCUUGACCCCGGAAAUAGAUGGUGCCCCCCCAAAUUGUCUCCACAUGAAGAUGUACUGAUGACGCCCCAGAAAUGCUGCUUCCAUAUCAGCUGCUGCUAGCGCCAGCGCAGACUCUCAGGGAGUCACCAUAGCUUGUCUUGUGCUUGGUGAGUGAGGGUCUCUCUACUCAGUGUCAGACAUCUACAGGAAAGAAACAACUGGUGAAAAAGAGCAAUAAAUUGCCCGGUGCUCUGCAGGGCUGGAAUUUCAAACAGUAAAAGGGAAUAACAUGCUGUCUCCUCACCCACCUGCCACCACGCACUGUGGUCAUCACUGUGCAAUCUACAUCUAGUAUGAAAUCCACACAUAGGAGAGCUGGGGCACAAGGGGCCUGGAGGCAGGUGCUUUGCAAGAUGGCUGAGGAGAAAGCACACUGGGAACACAAUCCAGAAUGUUCUAACGAUAAGUUUUCAGUGAAUAAACCACUGGCAAGACAAUUCCAUGUGCACCUUUAGGUUACCUAUAUAGUCUCCCAGGAAGAUCAGGAUGAAAGACCUAGAUGAUAUCCCUGAGGAUAAAACCUCCAUCUCCUAAAAUGAUUUUUUGUUAUACCACUGUCUUUAGCUGUCCAGGAGGUCAUAGUGUUUUUUCUGUCUUUGGGCCAAGUCCUGUCUGAGACCUGUAUUUUCACUCCUGUCACCAAAUCGAUCUCCCUAGUGCAGAGUCUCCAGGCCUGAGUUUCUUCUGGAACAGAUUCCAUUUUGGAAUGGGGUUUCGCAGGUUCUGUGCAUCACCGCAGCGCUGAGAGAGGAUUCUCCUGGCGUGUCUUAGAGGCAGGUGCCCAGCUCAAAUGUGCGCCCAAGGUUUACUGGGCUCUGGGAUCCAUGAGACAACCAGGGAGGGAUACCUCAUGAUAUUUGCAUCUGGUGGCUGAACAGUACCUGUGUUCUCUGUUUGAAUAUGUUUUAAUACCUGAGAGUCUUAAAAUUUGUGAACAACGUUUCUGUAGUCCUUUUUUUUCAAAUGCACGUUGAUAUUCACUUGCUGCAUUUUUACUCUUCAACCCUGAAACUAUGGUCUACAUUAAUAUGGAUUUUUAAAUCACAUGUCAUUACUUUUGCAACACCAUCUCCAAAAUUUUUUCUCUUUUACAUUUAGGUUCAUCUCUGUGGUCUGUGUUGUCCUGACAUGUAAACAGCAUAUUAUUUAUUGAGGGUUUUCUUUCCCCCUUUUGGAGCAUCCAGAAGCGAUAACACACAAAAUCACAAAGUAGCAUAAAUUAGUAAAUUAGUUGAGUUGUUUUUUGGGGGGAGGUGGGGGUGGGGGCCACAGAACACCAGAAAGAGUGUUGGUGUGUAGGUAGAUUCCAUAUUAAUGAGGAACACUGAAUUAGUUGGAAAUUAUUGCUUUCUCUAGAAAUAUAAAGCAAAGCACUAUUCCAAGGCUACGGAGUAGCUCUACAGCCUGGCCUCAACUCUAAAAGUAUGAAGAAUGCAAUGGGCAGAGACCUACCUGCAGUGGACUGUCAUUUUCCUUUCUUUCUCUGAAUUACUGCUUUUUCUGUGGGCAUUAACUAUAUUGCUACAGCAUCUAGUGUACUGAGCCUGCAGUGCAUGGCUCAGGCCUUUUCCCAUCAACGUCUAGGGGGACUCUGGACUGUGUGAAGCUGGGGAGCGUUUCUCAGCACACUGCAGAAGGGCAGCUCAGAAGAAUGCAAGGCCCAUUCAGCAUGGGGAUCCCAGCACAUCACUGUAGAAUUUGAGUGAUCUAUGCUGAAUGAAGAGUGGAAUGUGACCAGUCAAGUAGAAAUCUUGAGUAAUCAGAUGGAAUGCAAUCUUUCUAACAUUAAGCUACCAAGAUCCUGAAUGUCAGAGAUGUACUCAGAGGGUUAACAGACAAGCACAAGGCAUGCUGACUACAUUGGUGUAUCCAGAUUGCUUUGCUUUUAGCCAGUGCUUUCUAAUUUUUUUCUCGACAUUCUUGGGAUAGUUCAAGUUUGAAAUAAUUAAGUGGUGGUGUUCUUUAAGGAAUUUCUAUAACCAAAUUGAUCUUAUUUUUGAUUUCACUUAUCAUAGAACAAAUAUGUAUCAUUAUGGCAGUGUAUCUAUGUAAUUAUCAAUUUAAUCAUCACCACAAGUGUUUCCAUAUUUUUUCCCAAGUAUUUAAUAUAGCUCUCUUAUGCUGGUGGCCUGGUGAUGGGGACCAUCUUUCUUUUACUGACACAUGACCAACCAUAUGGUAUUUUCAAGGGAAUUUUAAGAUUCAUCUUUUCAGUUUGAUAGUAGACUAGUUAAGGAAGAACUCUUUCAUUACUUGCAUCGUGUAAAUCAUCUCUGUAGACAUGUGUUCAUAUUAAUGAAUACAUUUUUUCUCAACAUUGUAGCAGAAAUCAUUUUAUUCGUCAUGAUCAAUGAAUAUGUGAUUUGCUCCAGAUCGUUAGAAGGAAAAGUAAGAUUUCAGUCAUCAAAAAUGUUUUUACCGUAGCCCUCAUCUAACUUACACGUGGUGCAUAUUAAAAUAAACAGAGAAAAAAAAUGUGAAUAAACUACUGAAAACACUUGGUGUUUUGUGUUCAAUGAGACCUUCCUGCAACCUGCUCCCCAUGGGUGGCAGUUAACAGGCCCAUCAGAUAUUGUUGAAAGAAAGCAAUAUAUCCAUGAAUGAAGGCUAAAAUUGCAAUCCUUUACCCUUUGAGGCAUAUUUCAGUUGAAAACAAAAAGAAAAGAAAAUUUGACUUAGAGGGUCACAGAGCUCCCAUAUGACCAAGUCUCAAGCACAUUAAAUCACGGUUGUUUACUGGUCAAGGGCAUCCAUUAGACAACUCUAUCCCUUGCGCUGAAGCUCAAUCGUGCUGAGGGAGAGCUUUCUUAAUAUUACUGUGUUGCUCCUAGCCCUUCUCUGGGUUAGGAUCUGUCAGCAUUUCUAUGAUAAACUCCUAUUCUCAAAGGUUUUUAAUUUGACCAUAAAAAUAUGCCCCAGGCUGAAGUUUGCUAUACAGGGCUGUACCAGAGUGAAGGUUUACUUCCUUCUCUUUCCAACUUCUUCCCCAUUCUCCGAAGAAAAGAACAACAAAAAAAUCUGGUAUCAUCCCUCCUUAAUAGUGAUUUCAGAAUUUUGAAAAGCACCAAAAUCCAAGAUGGUAGUUUUAAUGUAGUUACCCAUUCGGAUACGUUUUUUAAAUUUAACGGGUCACCUGGCGUAUAUUGUAGAUAACAUAUCUUUUCUAUAAUUUGUAAGUCAAUAAUUUUUUUAACUGCUAGAUGAUAUUUUUUGGUUUUUUUGCCCAAGGAUUUUAAAAGACUUGAAGUUGGUCAGUUCAAAACUCAGAUUUUUCUACAUAUUAUCUGCCAUGCCCAUCAGGAGUUUGGGAAAAAUAUUCUUACACAGACCCUUACUUUGCAUGCAGUUUAGAGGGUCAGAUAUGUGCUUCUUCUGGGGAUAGAGAUUUCCUUAAUUGUCAAGUUUCAUGGAGCCAUUCUAGUCUGUUGGGAAAAAUAGUGAUUAAAAGCACUUCCAAAAUUAACAUUUUUGACAAUUCAGAUAUGAUAAGAAGCAGAGGAAAAUAACACACUUUACUCUUUUCUUGCUUAAAGGCAAACAAAUCAGUGAAACUUGAGGACACACUAAACAUUUGAUAACUGCAAAUGUGCUUUAAAAAUUGGUUCAAUGGUGCUUAUACAUGAAACAGUAACAAAUGGGGUUCCUGGGACUGUCAGAAGGAAUCUUUAGUUUGUAUGUAAUUACAUACUAGAGGAGGAGGUGCUUUUAAGCCUGUCUUUUAUUUUUAAUCAUCUCAAAUAUGCAACCAUUCAUCCAGUAACAUUAAGGGUCGUAAACCGGUGGGAAACAGGAAAUUCAAUGGAGAGGCUUAAAUGCCUCUGAUUAGAGUGGGGGUUUUUGUUUGUUGUUUGUUUAUUGCUGAGCUUCAACACUGAGCAUCAUUUCUGUGAUCAAGUUUCUAACUGGCAUGUGUUUUGAUCAUGACAUUUACCAUAUCUUGCCCAUACAGACAAAUGAGAGAUCGAAUUUCAUUUUUUUCCCUGAAGAAAGAACACUCUCUAAAAUUAAAUCAUACCUGUAAAUUUCUUCAGUAUUUGUUUCUGUUCAAUGAAAUUGAGGCCCUUGAUGUUGCUUUAAUGUAAAGGUGUCUAUUUUUGUCUGUGAUAUACUUUAUUAAUUUAAAGUAAGUAAUAGUUCUAAAGUCUUCACUGUUGCUACUAAGAGAAAAUAGAAUUUUAAAGGUGAUGAUAAAGAUGCUCUAAUGUCAUUUCAUUCCAGUCCAAUCAAAUGUAGUGAGAAAAAGUCCUUGAAUAGUUCUCUAGGGACAAUUUCUCACUUGCCAUUGACAUUAAUCUUUGGUGUAUUCUCAGAAAAAAAUAAAAAGAAAUUGAAACUGGUCCAAGGUUAUAGUCAUAUCCUCGAUAACUUGAAAAAAAUUUUAUUAGGAAAUUAAUACUGGCCUUUUUCAUUCUGGCUGAAAGAAAAUUAUUAAAGGAUUAGUUGAGUGUGAAAUUAGCUAGUAUUUUGCUCAUACAUACUAAAAAGGUGGGUAGGACUCGAUGCAUUUAAACAAGUUUCUGAAAGGUUUCAAUUUGACUCAAGAAAAAAUUCAACGUUUCCUUUAAAAAUUCUGAAUUUAUCACUUGCUGCAUGGAUCAGAUGACACAGGUUAAUCUUUGAUUUUCAGAAUCCUAAUGAAAUAACUUUGGAACAAUUUGUAUCCUUAAUUAAAGGUGGAAUGAGAUCCAAUUUUUCCCCCUAAUCCUUCAGUUUAAGCUAAUACAUGUAGGUUAAUGUGGAAUGAAAUCAUCUGUGAUACAGUAUGUUCAUUUAUCAACUGCGCUUUUUUGAUGUUGCCUGUUUUUAUGUAAAACAUGUUCUUAAAGUUAAUAAAACAAUAGUACUUGGUGUA